CUUCCGCGGCCCGCGUCGGGACUGAGGCGCUGCCAUAGGCCCCACCGAAUCGCCCCUGCCACCUUUCCAGUUCAGGCGCAGGCUCCCCGCACCGCCCUCGGCAUGGGGGAACCCGAGGAGGUGGUGCCCGGUUCGGGUGCUGUGUUUACAUUUGGAAAAACUAAAUUUGCUGAAAAUAUUCCCAGCAAAUUUUGGUUUAAAAAUGAUAUACCUACAUUUCUUUCAUGUGGAGAUGAACAUACUGCUAUUGUUACAGGAAAUAAUAAACUUUACAUGUUUGGCAGUAACAACUGGGGCCAGUUAGGAUUAGGAUCAAAGUCAACUGUUAACAAGCCAACGUGUGUCAAAGCUUUAAAACCUGAAAAAGUGAAAUUUGCUGCCUGUGGACGGAACCACACCCUAGUUUCAACAGAAGGAGGCAAAGUAUACGCAGCUGGAGGAAAUAAUGAAGGACAGCUGGGACUUGGUGACACUGACGAGAGAAACUCUUUUCAUCUAAUUAGUUUUUUUACUUCCCAGCGUAAGAUUAAGCAGCUCUCUGCUGGAUCCAAUACUUCAGCUGCACUAACUGAGGAUGGAGAGCUUUUUAUGUGGGGUGACAAUUCUGAAGGGCAAAUUGGUUUAAAAAAUAUGACUAACGUGUGUGUCCCUCAACAAGUGACUGUUGGGAAACCUAUCUCCUGGAUCUCUUGUGGAUAUUACCAUUCAGCUUUUGUAACAACGGAGGGAGAACUGUACACAUUUGGAGAACCGGAGUGUGGGAAGCUAGGUCUUCCCAAUCAGCUGCUGGUCAAUCACAGAAUGCCCCAGCCGGUGCCUGGAAUUCCCGAGAAGGUGGUCCAAGUAGCUUGUGGUGGAGGGCACACUGUGGUUCUCACAGAGAAAGCCGUGUAUACCUUUGGGCUGGGACAGUUUGGUCAGCUGGGUCUUGGUACUUUUCGUUUUGAAACUUCGGUACCCAAAGUCGUUGAGCAUAUUAAGGAUCAGAAAAUAAGUUCUAUUUCCUGUGGAGAAAAUCACACAGCUCUGAUAACAGAUAUAGGUCUCAUGUAUACUUUUGGAGAUGGCCGACAUGGAAAAUUAGGACUUGGACUGGAGAAUUUUACCAAUCAGUUCAUUCCCACUUUGUGCUCUAAUUUUUUGAGGUUUAUAGUUCAACUGGUGGCUUGUGGUGGGUGCCACAUGCUUGUUUUUGCCACUCCACGACUCGGUGGGACAGAAGAAAUGGAGUUAGAAGAGAUAAACGAUUCUUACUUCCCUGCAGCACCUUCUCUGCCCCUCAGCGAUCUGAGCUCAGGAAAUGUACUGAACAGGACUCUGUCAGCACGUGUGCGGCGAAGAGAGAGGGAGAAAUCACCCGAUUCUUUUCAAAUGACACGAACUCUACCUCCAAUCGAAGGAACUUCUGUACCACCAGUUUGCUUUUCCCCCAGGCCAGUUCCUUUCUAUAUGUCUGCAAGUAAAUGGCCAGGGAAAAUGAUACUUGAAAAGGAGGACCCCAUGCUGCCAGUGGAACCAGAUUAUUUUCAGGAUAAAAUGGCCAAAGGGAAAGAGACAGACAGUUCUUCAGCAGCAGAUUCAGGAAGCCUUGGAGAAACUACUGAUGUCUUAAAUAUGACACAUAUGAUGAGCCUGAAUUCCAAUGAGAAGUCAUUAAAAUUAUCACCAAUUCAAAAACAAAAGAAACAAGAAACAAUUGAGAAACCGAAGCAGCGUACAGCUCACUCUGGAAAUGAUGAUAGUGGAGGAUUUGCAAGUGACGAGAUGUCUAAAACAGUGAAAGAGGGCAAAGCCUAUAAACAACUUUUGGCCAAAGGAAUGUACAUGAUGCCAGCAGCUGUGACUAUGGAAGCGUUUUCAGAUGAGGACGUAGAGAUCCCCGAAGAGCAGGAAGGAGCGGAGGAGUCAGAAGGAAGUGAAGUAGAGGAGCGAGAGGUAAAGGCAAGUGCGGACAAUGUGAAGUUGCCUGCAAGAAAACGGGAGGAGGAAGUAGAGAUCCUGUCAGACGUCCUGACGGACGUCCUGACGGACAGAGCAGAGGUGAGUGAAGGCAAGGGAAAGGCAGGAGGUGGAGGUGAGGGGAUCCAGCGGGAGGGAAAUUCAGGAGUGGAACAGAGGCAAAGGGAGGAGGAAGACAAGGGAGGAGGAGAAAUGGAGGGCCUGGGUCAGGGAGAGAAAGACCUAGAAGAGGAGGAGGGCCAGGAGCAAAGGGAGGGGGAACGAGGCCGUGAGGAAGAAAGCGACAAAGGGAUGGAGGAAAGAGAAGGGGAGGAGAAGAGAGAUGAGAGGGAAGGGGAGGGAGGGAGAGGAGGGGAAGAAGACAGGGAAGGGGAAGAGGAGGAGGAAGAAGGCAAGGAGGAGGGAGAAAGGAAAGAGGAAGAAGGACCAGAGGAAGGACAGGGAGAGGGGGAAGAAGAAGGAGAGGGGGAAGCAGAGGAGGAAGGAGAGGAAGAAGAAGAGGGGGAAGGGGAGGAAGGAGAGGAGGAAGGGACGAAAAGAGGAGGGGAAGGGGAGGAGGAAGGAGAGGGAGAAGUGGAGGAAGGAGAGGGGGAAGGGGAGGAAGGAGAGGGGGAAGUGGAGGAGGAAGGAGAAGGAGAAGGGGAGGAAGGAGAGGGAGAAGGGGAGGGGGAAGUGGAGGAAGGAGAGGGGGAAGAGGAAGGAGAGGGAGAAGGGGAGGAAGGAGAGGGGGAAGAGGAAGGAGAGGGGGAAGCUGAGGAAGAGGAAGGAGAGGGGGAAGGGAAGAAAAAAGAUGAAGGGGAGGGAGAGGGAGAAGCAGAGAAAGGAGAGGAGGAAGCAGAGGAGGAAGGAGAAGGGGAAGGGAGUGAAGGAGAGGAAGAAGGAGAGGGGGAAGAAGAAGAAGGAGAAGCGGGGGAAGCAGGGGAGGAGGAAGAAGAGGGGGAAGCAGAGGAGGAGGAAGAAGAGGGGGAAGCAGGGGAGGAAGGAGAGGGGGAGGGAGAAGAGGAAGGAGAGGGAGAAGAGGAGGUAGGGGAGGAAGAAGAAGGGGAGGAGGGGGAAGGAGAGGGGGAGGAGGAGGAGGAGGAGAAAGAAGGGGAGGAGGACCCGGAAGGGGAGGGGGAGGGGGAGGGGGAAGAAGCAGAGUGGAGGGAGAGGGAGGGGGAAGAGGAGGACACCGAGGAAGAAGGGGGGAAAUCCGAGGAGGCAGGAGAUGAAGAGAGUGAAAAGCAGGGAAGACCGGGUGAAGGAAAAGAGUCCAACAAAGCGGGCAAAAUCAGAGGGUCUGUGAAAUGUGACAAAGAUAAGGCGUACCCUCCAAAGUUCAUUCCUAACACCGAGGGAAAGGGGCAGGAGCAUGAGGUCCAGAGGUCCAGAAUGCCAGUGCGGUCAAAACAACCUUUAGAAAAUGGGCCACCGGGUUCCAAAAGAUUCUGGAAUAAUGUAUUACCACAUUAUCUAGAAUUGAAGUAA